UUUUUUUAAAAAAAGACACCCCAAACGGUAGGGAGCGGUCCUGGGAAGCCCAGCAUCUGGGCUGGGGAGGCAGACAGAGAGUGAAGAGGCUUGGAUGGAGCCUGAGAAGGGAGAGAACAGCAUUUUCAGGAGGGCAGGGCUGGGCCCCUUCCUCAUUGGGCCAGCAGCUGCAGAGCUACCCACAAGGUCCCAAUGUUGGUGGGUGUUUUUUGGGGGGGCAAGCGUUCCAAGAAAGUGCAGCGGGAGGGGGAGGGGAACCUGUUCCACAUCAUAGCAACACUCAACCCUUCACUGACAGUCCUGCGCCAUCCACGUGAUCAGUGGCGGAUAGGACUGUUGUGAUCCACAGGGUUUUCAUUGGCUGAUUUUUGAAAUAGAUUGCCAGGCCUUUCUUCCUAGUCCAUCUUAGUCUGGAAGCUCCACUAAAACCUGUUCAGCAUCAUAGCAGCACUCAAGCCUCCACAGACAGAUGGGCGGUAGCUACACAGGAGAUGCAAUUGGGUGGGAAUUGAACCCCAGACUCCCACACAGAGGGUGAGAAUUCUACCACUGAACGACCACUACCCGCUCUCAAUGGCCAAUAUUGUUGUUAGUAGUGUGGGGUCGGCUCCAACUUACAGCAACCUUAUGUAAAACAGAAUGAACGUUGCCUGGUCGUGCAUCGUUCUCACAGCCAUUGCUGUGUCUGAGCCCAUUGUUGUAGCCACUGUGUCAAUCCAGUUAUCCAUGAGGUUUUCACCGGCUAAUUUGCAGAAGCAGAUCACCAAACCUUCCUUUCUAGUCUGUCUUAGUCUGGAAGCUCCACCGAAACCUGUUCGGCAUUAUAGCAACACACAAGCCUCCACCGACAGACACGUGGUGGCUGCACAUGAGGGACGUUGGCCAAGAAUUGAACCCGGGAUCUGGUGAGAACUCUACCACUGAACCACCAAUGUCCCUAAACAGAUGGAAUAAUAAGGUGGCUUCUUUGGUGGUGCUCUGAGAACUCUGAGGAGGUGAUGUUGGAGCUGAGAUAUGACGGAUGAGACAAAGCUGACUGGGGAAGAGCAUGCGCCAAGGCCCUGGGGCAGGAAUGAGCUUGCUGCGGCCCACUCGUCCUCCGACUGAUGGCGGCUCCAUGCACAGUGGGACAAAUGCUGCCCAGGUCUGUGCCAUCCCCACGAUCUCCUGUGGGUUGGACCGUUGUGAUCCAUAUCGACUUCAUGGGCUGAUUUUUGGAAGGAGAUCACCAGGCCUUUCUUCCUAGUCUGUCUUAGUCCGGAAGUUCUGCUGAAACCUGUUCAGCAUCAUAGCAACACGCAAGCCUCCACUGACAGACCGGUGGCGGCUGCACGUGAGGUGCAUUGCCUGGAAUCGAACCCGGGUCUCCUGCAUGGAAGGAUGUUGUCCACCCUGAACGAGUGGCUAUGGCAGGACAGGUUGUGGCUGCCACCCAACACCUCGUGGGCACUCCUGGAGGACCGGAAUGGUGUGGUCUACGCCCACCCUCGGGACCUGCUGGCAGCCAUUCCCCUGACGCUGACCCUGGUGGCCAUGCGUGUGACCUUUGAGAGGUUUGUGGGCCUGCCCCUGAGCCGGUGGCUGGGCAUUCAGGACCGCAGCCAGAGGCCAGUGGUGCCCAACCCCACGUUGGAAAAACACUUCCUCACACAGGGGCGGAGACCCCUGGAGCACCAGCUGGCCCUCCUGGCCACCCAGUGUGGCCUCACCCUGCGGCAGACCCAACGCUGGUUUCGGGGCCGCCGGAACCAGGAUCGGCCCCACCUGAGCAAGAAGUUCUGUGAGGCCAGCUGGAGGUUCUUGUUCUAUCUGUGCUCCUUCGUGGGUGGCCUCUCGGUCCUGUACCACGAGUCGUGGCUGUGGAAGCCGUCAAUGUGUUGGGACAACUACCCAGACCAGCCCCUGAAGCCCACUCUGUACUGGUGGUACCUCCUGGAGCUGAGUUUCUACAUCUCCCUGCUGAUUACACUGCCCUUCGACACCAAGCGCAAGGACUUCAAGGAGCAGGUGGUCCACCACUUUGUGACCAUCACCCUGAUCACCUUCUCCUACAGCGCCAACCUGCUGCGCAUUGGCUCCCUCGUGCUACUGCUGCACGACACCUGUGACUACCUGCUGGAGGCCUGUAAGAUGUUCAAAUACCUGCGCUGGCAACGCCUGUGUGACGUGUUCUUCCUCAUCUUCUCCUGCGUCUUCUUCUACACACGCCUUGUGCUCUUCCCCACGCAGAUCCUCUACACCACUUACUAUGAGUCCAUCAUCGGCCGGGGCCCCUUCUUUGGCUACUACUUCUUCAACGCCCUCCUGAUGAUGCUGCAGCUCCUGCACGUGUUCUGGUCCGGCCUCAUCCUGCGCAUGCUCUGCAAUUUCAUGGCCAAGGGUCAGAUGGAGAAGGACAUCCGCAGUGACGUGGAGGAGUCAGACUUGAGCGAAGAAGAGGCCGCCCGGGAACGUCAACAGCUGAGGAACGAAUCGGCCCCCGCUGGCGGUCCCCGGAGCCGGGCAGCCAGGCGGCUGGCCAACGGGCACACAGCAGCCAUGUAGGCCGUGAGGGCUGGCUGUGUGAGGCUGCCCCCAGUGCCCAGGGGCUUGGAUUUGUGGGGCACUGGACUGGCAGCCUUCAGGCCAGCUCUGUGGAGACAGUGAGGGCCCCACCUCCAGGAAAGGCUGAUGAUCUGUCUCCAGCCCCUUCCCCUGCCCUCUCCCUUCCCAUCCUCCCUCUGUGAAAUCAGACACAGUCAGAGCCAGCAGCAGUAUGCCCAGGACGUCCUCUGGGGAGCCCCAGGCUGGAAGGGGCCUAAUAAAACUUGAAUGGAGCCAAAUUCACCACACCACCUGAGAGAUGUGUCCUUGUCCCAGAGCCAUCUCUCUAUCCUGUGAUGCCCUGAGCGAAGCAGGAGUCUACGGUUAAAAAUAAUAUUAAGCCAAUAAUAGGAAUUGAUUGAAGUUUAUUUAAUAGACAAUUUGCAAAUUGGGGUGACAAAAGAGAAAAAUCUUUUACAGAUUCUUAGACUCCAGCUUAUUGCUAGUAACUUAUAAGUUGCCAUGGAAACAGGGCUAGAAUAGUGUUUACAUAAUCACUUGUGGCCAUGCAACAUUUUCUUGAAGAACAAUUCAGAUAGUUACUGAUUUACCCUAAAACAUAAUUUCUAGUCUGACCUUUAGAAUUGCUGUUUGUGGAAACUGGUUGCACAUAGAUAGUUCUUUAGAAGAGCACAUUGCCCAAGGCAAACAUUCUUUACUAAUUAAGCUAAACUAUCCUUUGACUUAAAGAUGACUUUCAGAAAACCAGUUUUCUCAAGGUUUAAGGUUCAAUGAUUAUCUCAGGGUGAUAGUGUGGAUGGGUCAUUUCAACCUCCAUGGAAUCCAGAAGCCUGGAUUUAAACUCUGUUCCUUACUACUUAUAUAUCCCACAGACAGGAAUACUCACUGUCCUUGCUCCACGCCACCCCUCCAAGGCUGCUUGGACUGGGUGGGGAGUGGACAUGUCCCACAGGGAUCCAGACAGCUGGCAGCACAGAGACUUCCAGGCAAGUUCCACCCCCCAGACAGGGGCUCCUUAGACAAGCCACCUUCUAUAACCCUCAGUACAUCCCUGGACGAGCUGCUCAUAUAGCCGGUUUCCAAAUGAGAAAGUUCCAGGCUCACAGAGGUCACGUCCUUUGCCCAAGGUCACCUGAAGGUCAGAGGCCAAGCAGGAGGGCAGAGAAGAGGCCCAGGUCUCCUCUGCUGACUUUGCCCAAGGCUGGCCAGAGCCGUGUCCUUAGGGUCCCCAAGGCCCCCUGGACACUGUGAGAUGGGGCAGGGGGUCAGUCCCGCUCGACCUCCUAGGGGUCAGCCAGGGCAACCCAUGUGUGUCAGAGUAGAACUAUGCUCCAUAAGAUUUUCCAUGACUGAUUUUUCGGAAGGAGAUCACCAGGCCUUUCUUCUGAGGCAUGUCUGGGUGGACUCGAACCUCCAACCUUUCAGUUAGCAGCUGAGCAUGUUAGCCAUUUGCACCACCCAGGCACAUAGUAUGAGAAGUUUAAGAACAAAUAUAUGCCAGUAAAUUCGAAAAUCUAUAUGAAAUGAAUACAUUUAUGGGAAAACAUAAAAUGCACAAAUUAUUCCAAGAAGCAGCAGAAAAACUGACUAAUAAAUGUUCACAAGAUGUAAAUAAUAGAGGAAAAGUACCUCCCCACUAAAGCACAAAGCCCAGAGGAUUUUACAGUUCAAGUUUUAUCAGCAUAUCAAGUAACAGAUAAAACCAGAACCCAAACCAGUUGCCCUGGAGUCAGUUCCGGCUCACAGCAACCCCAUGUGUGUCACAGUAGAACAUGGAGUUUUCAUUGCUGUGAACUUUUAGAAGCACAUUGCCAGGCCUUUCUACCAAAGCAUUGUGGGUCUGUUCAAACUGCCAACCUUUUGGUUAGUAUUGGAGGGCUUAAUGGUUUGCACCACCGAAUUCCCAUCUUAUUAAGUGAUACAAAGAAGGGGAGAGAAGGUAUAUAACUUCUUUUGAAAGGAUAAUAUAACCUGGAAACCAAAUCCAGGUAUGGGCAGAAUAAGACAGAAAAAUUCAAGCUAAUUUUCACUUAAGUCCAUAGAAGCCAGUGCACCUCGUGGGCAGCCAACACCCAUUGGGCAGGGGAGGCUUGUGUGUUGCUAUAACGCUGAAACAGGUUUACAGGCUUCAGUGGUGCUUCCGGACUAACAGAGUAGGAAGAAAGGCCAGGCCAUCAACUUCUGAAAAUCAGCCAAUGAAAGCCUUAUGGAUCACAACAAUCUGAUUGGCAACCAAUCAUGAGGAUGGUGCAGGACUGAGCGGCAUUUUGUUCCGUCAUGCGUGGGGUCGCCAUGAGUCAGGGGCUGACUCAACGGCAGCUAACAACAGCCAGCCAAAUCGAUUGUUCUAGGGGAAAACCAUGACCGCCGAGUGCAGUUUGAAAAGCAAGGUAUGAGUCAACUUUAGAAAAUCAGGGUAAUUUAUCACUGUCAGCUGGUACUUUAUCACUGGCAUUCUUCUGUCAUAGCUGCUUGUUUUUGCCAUGACCCCGUGUAUGUGUUCUGAGAAGUCAUACCCCAAAAAUGACAGAACACAUGCAGAAACACGGCUAGGAUACAUCACUCAACACCCUUGCAAGUCUGGAGCAGAACAUUAAGAAGAAACAAAACCCAGUGCACCCAGUGCUGUCGAGUCGAUUCCGACUCAUAGCGACCCUAUAGGACAGAGUAGAACUGCCCCAUAGAGUUUCCAAGGAGCGCCUGGCGGAUUCAAACUGCCGACCCUUUGGUUAGCAGCCGUAGCACUUAACCACUACGCCACCAGAAGAAACAAGCUUCAUAAAAAUGCUAACAGCUUUAAAAAAAAGUUUUUUACAGUGUUUAUACAGUUGCUGUCAAGUUGCCUCUGACUCUAGGUGACCCCGUGUAUGUUGGAGUAGAACUGUGCUCCAUAGGGUUUUUGUGAUUGUUAAGGUUGUAUGUCAACUUGGCUGGGCCAUGAUUCUCAGUGGUUUGGCUGUUAUGAUGUAGUCUGGCGGGCAUACAAUUAUGUGAUUACCUCCGUGAUGGGAUCUGCUGUGAGGAGCCAAUCAGUUGAAAGGGAGUUUUCUUGGGGGUGUGGCCUGCAUCCAAUAUAGAUGGACUUUCUGGCAAAGCUCUCAGGGUUUUGCUCACUCUGGAUUCUGCAGCUGGCUUCUGUUCAUCUGACCUCUGGUUCCUGGGACUUGAGCUAGAGCUUACCUGCCAUCUUGCCUGCCGAUCUUGAUAUUCAUCAGUCUUAGCAGCCUGUGGACCAGAGCCCUACUGUUUGACCUGCUGAUCUUGGGUUCACCAGCCCCUGUGGCUACAUGAAUCAGGAGAAGCCUCCAGCCUGACCUGCAGACUUAGGACAUUCCAGCCUCUACAACCACAUGAGCCGUUUCCUUGAUAUAAAUCUCUCUCCAUAUAUAAUUAUAUGCUUUACUGGUUUUGCUUCUCUAGAGAACCCCUCCUGGGACAGUUGAUUUUUUGGAAGUAGACACCAGACUUUUCUUUCAAGGUGCCGCUGGGUGGACUCGAACUUCCAGCCUUAGGGUUAGAAACUGAGACCGUUCACCAUUUGCACUACCCAGGGGCUCUAGCAUAGUUAAAAAGACACGUUAAAUUCCUAAUAAGUGUAAAGAAAUAGAUUUGAAACUUAAAAAAAAUACAGAGUGGCCAUCUAAGAUACAACUAUUGUGUCUCUAUUCAUCUGGCACAACAGACAAGGAAAACAAAGACUCAAGGAAGAAGCUAGUCUACAGGACUAAUAGUCUACACAAACCACAGCCUCGUCUACCCUGAGACCCGAACUAGAUGGUGGCCCAGCUGCCACUACCUACCGUUCGAAUCAGGACCACGGUAGAUGGAUCCUGAGAGAAUGGGAGAAACGUGGAACAGAACUUCAAAUUCUAAAAAAAGAAAGACAUUGCAAGAGUUGAGACUGAGGGACUUCCUGAGACGGUUGCCCUGCGAUAGUCUUUAGAUCUUGAACCAAAACUAUCCUCUGAGGUCACCUUUUAGCUAAAUAACAGAUUGGCUCACAAAAUAAAGAGUAUCACCUUGAGGACCGUGCUCCUUUAAAAAACCGUCUACAGCGUCAAGGGGAGGCAUGCAUUCUCUGGGCCCCAUGGAGUUGUAGCUCCAGCAUCCAUUCAAAAUGGGGAAUCUCUGGGCUUACCUCUGACCUACAGAAUCUCAAUCUGCUUUUUAACAAGCUCCCCAGGUCGAAACAGAGUUGGCCCGAAGCACGCCAGGCACGAAGAGAUUCUGAGGCUGCUGUUUUAUGGCCAUCUCCCCUGCACGGAGCAGAAUAAACCAUAAAACAAAACCCAUUGCCAUCAAGUCGAUUCCGACUCAUAGCAACCCUAUAGGACAGACUAGAACUGCCCUAUAGGGUUUCCAAGGAGUGCCUGGUGGAUUUGAACUGCCGACCUUUUGGUUAGCAGCUGAACUCUUAACCGCUGUGCCACCAGGGCUCCACCGAGCAGAGUAAAGCCCCACAAAGGAAUCGAACCUAGGCUGCCUGGUUUAUCCACACAGUGGACUAUCCUAAAACAUCCUGCCUCUCUUUGGAGUGGAAGAUUAGAAAAGAGUAGAAAAACCACCUCCAACUGGACACAUCUACACAAACCACGGAAGUCCCAUGUCCUCUAAGCCCUCCCAGGCUACCGCCCACACACAAAAUCUCAAUGAUAACUUUUCUGAUUAUAAGUCAAGUAAGUUUCUAAAACGGAAGACAUAAAGCCAUGAAAUAAAACAUUAACAAAUCAUCCCACGCCUUCUCCAUCCCAACACUGAGCCUCGGCAGAGGUCUCCACUUUGGGGUCUUUGCAGUCCCCCUUCCUUGGCCGUCCCUAAACCAGCGAGACCAAGUUAACAAGAAGAGCAUCUUCUAAUUUCCUUGUGGAUUUGCAUUCUUUAAAUGCCUGUGAAGCGUCCACAAUUGAAGAAGGAUUCCAGUAUUUAAAGCCCACCAGACAAUGGACUGAUUCUUAUCCAGCCCCAACGCGGCCCCUUUCCAGUUUCCUCCAAGCACAAUGUGUAGAAUUACCCAGUGUGUCACUUCCUAGAACACGCGAUUGUUUCUAAGAGGUAGGCAAGACUUCUCAGACAGUAUUUAUUUUUCUCAUUUUAGACGCAAUGCCCGCAGCCUUCACAGUGUUCACUUUUCCAGAAGCUUCUCAAGUAUCGAAUGUGUGUGGACUCAGUUGUGUCCCUUCUUUUUUCAAAGUUAUGCUUUGGGGUAGGGGGGUGGAAAGAGCAAGACAAUGUACAAAUGGUCAAACUCUUUGUUUGAUCAUCUGGUAUGCAAUAAAAGAAGUGUGUUAGAUUACACCCUAGCAAUCAUUCUGAGGAAAAUAUUCUGAAAGUUGUAACUCGGUGCAUUUCAACAGCUUGGAGAAAGGGGAUUUCCUAGGGUGGGGUUAAGAGGAGAAAAACAAAAAGGAUCAGCGUCUUCCUUAUUGGGGCUGGAGUGGAUUUUUCCUGAGGUGUUUUCCAUCCCAAAUCUUGGUGGGAGGAUGGAUCCCUGCAAGUGUUGGGACUUUUAUUGUUGGCAGGGCUGUGGUUUGAAUUCAAAGGGGAUAAAGAAGGCAUAAUUGUCCAUUCAGUUAAAACUAGAAGGAUGCUGGACCCUACCAAAAAAAAAAAGAAAUCAUCUUUAUAGAACCAAACAGUCACCAAUUUCUUUAAAACAGAUGAGAACAUAAGGGGUCAGGGAAACUAGAUUAAUGGAAACAGAACUACCAGAACGGAAAUAUUGAGAAUGUUCACAAGUUGUGAAGAACAUAACCAAUGUCACAGAACAAUUUGUGUAGAAAUUGUUCAAUGGGAACCUAAACUGCUGUGUAAACCUUAGCCAAAAACACAAUAAAAUAUUAUUAGAAUAAAUUAAUUUAAAAAAAUACAAAAUUGAGGGUCACUUGAAGGAAAAGAGAGUGAGGAAGUGUUGAAGCUGCUGAGUUACCAAGGCAACAGGUAAUGCAUAAAGACAGGUAAAAACAGCAAAAUUACCACCGGAGGCCAAACAGAAGAAAGGAAGUUCAGGGUGGAAAGACAUUAGGUACAAGGAGACAGCGCCACCUAUGGGUGGUUCUGAGUUCCGCUGUGUUUGUGAACUACUGCUGAGGAGAUGUGCCCUGGUAGCGCAGUGGUUAAGUGCUCAGCUGCUAAUCCGAAGGUGGGCCGUUAGAACCUACUAACCGCUCUACAGGAAGAAGACGUGGCAGUCUGCUUCCCUAAAGAUUGCAGCCUUGGAAACCCUGUGGGGCAGUUCUACUCUGUCCUAUAAAAAAAGGGUCGCUAUAAGUCAGAAUCAACUCCACGGCCUCCGGUUGUACAGCAGACCGUUUGGUGCGAAACUUUUGCUGUUGUUGUUAGUUGCCAUCGAGUUGGCUCCAGUUCAUGGCGACGUUGUGUAUAACGGAACCAAACGUUGCCCGGUCUACGCCAUCUCCACAAUCGUUGGUGUAUUGGAGACCAUUGCUGUGGCCAUUGUAUCAAUCCAUCUCACCGCCGGUUGCCCUCAUUUUGGCUGACCCUCUAUUUUACCAAACAUGAUGUCCUAUUCUAGCAAUUAGCCUUUCCCGAUGACAUGUCCAAAGAAAGCAAGCUGAAGUCUUGCCAUCCUCACUUCUAAGGAGCAUCUCGGUUUUAUUUCUUCUAAGACAGAGCUGUACUCAGUAUUCUUCAUCAACACCAUAGUUCCGACGUUUUCACUGCCCAGCUUACAUAUGCAUAUGAGGCAACUGAAAAGACCAUGCCUUGGGUCAGACACACCUAAGUCAUCAAAGUGACAUCUUUGCUUUUUAACACUUUUUAAUAAGGUCUUUUGCCACAGAUUUUUAGCACUUAAGAGAGCAGAAUUUGACUGAGAUGCAACUAACGUGGACAGAACUAAAGAAAUACUGUUGAGACAAUAAAAAAGGAAAUUGCAAACGGUCCCUUCCCAUUUAUUGUUGGACAGGCUUCACAGAGGACGAUAUUAUGAUUUCCAUGAAUAUAUUCAUGUGGAUACAAAAUUCAGCACCAGGUCUGGAAAGACCCACACCCAAUUCUGUAAUGAUGUUCCAGUGUGAAGUCCCCGGGUAGCACAUGUGACUAAGCACUCAACUACUAACUGAAAGGUUGUGCUUUGAGUUCACCUAGAGGAGCCUCAGAAGAAAGGCCUGGCAACCUACUGCUGAAAAAUCAACACUGAAAACCCUGUGGAGAACUCCCUCCUUUACCACGAAAUCAGAAGAACUGGAUGGUGCCCAGCUAUCAUUACUGAACGUUUUGAUCAAAGAUUUUAUAGAGGAAUCCUGACCAAAAGUGGGGGAAAUGCAGAACGGAAUUUCAAAUCAUCAUGGAAUCCAGAGGCUGGAUGAACCCCUCAAGCUAUCACCUUGAGAUAAUCUUUAAACCUUAAACCAAAAAUAUCCCCUGAAGUCUUCUUAAAAUCAAACAGUAGUUUAGCUUAAUUAGUAAAGAAUGUCUGCCUUGAACGUUGUGCUCUUUAAAGAUCUAUAUGGGAUCAAACUGACAAUAGCAACUCGAAAGAUUUGAUAGGAAACUUAGGGGGCAGUGAAUUUAAGUUAGUGGGGGAUGAAUAAUUUAGAAAAGUAGGGUGAGAAUGGUCACACAACUUGAAGGAUGUAAUGUCACUGCAUUGUACGUGUAGACAUUGUUGAAUUGGUGUAUAUUUUGCUGUGUAUUUUCUCAACAACAAUAAAAUACAGUAAAAAAAAAAAAAAAGCCCUAUGGAGCAUUAGUUCUACUCUGUACACCCAUGGCAUCGCCAUACAUAUGCGUCAACUCAACGGCAACUUUUUUUUUUCCCCUGGCUCCAGGAUGAGGGGGAAAUGGAGAAGAGAGGCUGGUGAUGUGGAGGGAGAGCGGAUAGCAUCAUCCGUAAUUUCUUAUUAGAUAUAUAGUUAGGUAUGCUACUUAAAGGUUGAUGGUUUGAAACCACCCAGCAGCUUUGCAGAAGAAAGACCUGGCAAUCUGCUUCCAUAAAGAUUACAGCCUAGAAAACUCUAUGGGGCAGUUCUACUCUGUCACAUGGGGUCGCUGUGAGUUGAAAACAACUCCAGGGUACCUAAAAACAAUGAAACUUUAAUUCUAGAGGAGAGUCAAGGGAGUGUGGAGAAAGGCGUGAGAGACAGAGGGGAAAGAGGAGGACAAUAACCAGGGUGUCCUAGAGACCAGGGAGAGGAUAUGACUAAGACAGGGGUGUGGCCCCAGGCGCUGACAAUAAGGAAUGAAGGUAAUGGGGGGGGGGGAAUGAGGCAGCAGCUAUGGUGAUGGGGGGAAGGGUGACUAAGAUACCAGGGACCCAAUCAGCAAGGUAGGCAUAGGCUUAAUUGUACUUACUACAGUAUUUUUACUCAAAUAACAUGUACCUUCUACGUUUGUUUGCCAACCACUCCCUCCCCCAGGAGCUACUUUCAGUAAGCACCGCUAUGCCAAUUUUUUUUUACAAGUUGCUGUGAAAAAAAAAUAAAUAACAGUGCAGUUUGCAAAAAUACCUUCCGGGGGAGGGAGCGGUUCGCAAACAAAAGUAGAUGGCAAGGUGCAUGUUAUUUGCGUAAAAAUACAGUAAUUGGUCGUGCACGAUUUCACCUGGGUUCACCAUCUCUUUGAAAAUAACACGGCGAUGUGGUGAAAUUAUGCGCUACAGA